AUGACAGAACCUGUUUCGUGCCCAGGCGGUAGGAGGCAGCGGACUGGCCACCUUCGGAGCCGUCAGGAGGAAGAGUCUGUUGGGGGAAACUGUGGGGCAAGCGGCGCAGCCCCCCGAGAUGGCACCGUAAGCUCAGAUCAAGUCUCAGGAGGAAGAGGAGGUGACAGUUUGAACGAAGCACAGGCUAGUUCCACGGUUAUCUCUGGGAGACGAGAUGGGAGAAUGCGAUGGUCUGAGGAAGAAAACAUUCUUUUAAUGCGCGUUCACUUUAUUGCUUUGGAGAUGCAAGAGCUCACAGGACGAACUUACCGACAAAUUUUAACUGAGACCUGGAAUGAAAUCUACCCAGAGAGACGAUCUUAUCCCAAUUUAUUAGCAAAUAGAGUCAGAUGGAUUCUCCAGAAUGGCAAAUUUUCGUCGAUGGAGCUCGAUUCUAUAAUGCAGAGUGUUUCACCACUUGGAGCGGAAGUUUGGGAAGAAAUGGGGUCAACUGGAAAUGGUACGCAGGCGGAGACUAGAGUGAGCUUUAGACAAACCGGAACAGAGCGACGCUUCUCCAGGAAUUUGCAAUUGUUCUCGGGAAUGGGACCUGAGAAAAGACCAAAAUUGCCAAGGAUGAAGGGCUCCGUCAGGUUACUUCAGGCUGUUCGGAAAAUUGAUGACGUAUUGAACACCUGUAUGCGGAACUCAAAGAAUAUUGAGGAGAUACUGGACAUGGUCUAUGCGGGUGCGGUGACUGUCUGCGAGGAGGUUGGCAUUCAUUUAGGAAACAAUCAACCCACGCACCGCAAAGAUAAAACCCCUCCAUGGAAAAUACGCCUAGAAAAGAAGAUAGAUGAGAACAGAAGGAAGAUUGGGGUGAUUCACACUUACCUGCAUGCGGAGAGUCCAUCGAGGAAGCUUCUGAAGAAAACACUAAGAGUUGCGUCGGAGUACCGGGUGAGGAGUCGUAGUUGGCACCUGAGAGAGGAGCUGGUGACAAUCUGCGAUAGGCUUAAACAAAAGGUUAAAACUUUAGGCAAUCGCUUGAAACGUUAUAACGAGAGAGUUAAGAGGUACAGGAACAACGAACUGUAUUACAAAAACCCACAGCAAUUUUUUCGGUCGCUUGAAGAGGGAGUAGAGGCUGCAGGGGAAGAAUCGCCAUCAUUGAAAGAAAUGUAUAGAGAAUGGAAUGAAAUCUGGGGGGACGCGAAGACGCAUGACGACGGGGCCUAUUGGAUAAAAGAAGCUGAGAGGAAAGCUGAAUCGUAUGACAUGGAAGAGCUUGAAAUAAAGGAGGAGGAUAUACGUAUGGUGCUGAGAAGGGCAAGAAAUUGGUCUGCCCCGGGCUCUGAUGGAUUGCACAAUUAUUGGUGGAAGAACUUCCAAUCAACACAUAAAAAUCUGGCUAGAAUGUUCCAGGAAGCCCUGCACAACCCUUCGGUGAUACCGGAGUCUCUCACGCUUGGUGUAACCCACAUGAUACCAAAGGGAGAUAAAACCAGCGACCCAAAAAACUACCGACCCAUCACUUGCCUGCCCUCAAUAUACAAGAUACUUACAGGUGUGCUCACGACGACCAUUUGGAGGCAUGUGGACAACUAUGGAAUAAUGGCCCCAGAGCAGAAUGGAUGCAGGAAAAAUAUAAGAGGAUGUAAGGAGGCUCUCAUUGUUGAUCACCUGGUGACGAAACAGGCCAGGAAAAAGCUGAGGAAUAUAUCUGUGGCAUGGAUCGACUAUAAAAAGGCCUUCGAUUCCAUGCCACACUCUUGGCUGCUGAAAACCUUGCGCCUUUAUGGAGUAUCUGAGUCUGUAGUGAAGCUUCUAGAACAUCUGAUGAAAUCGUGGCGUACGCAAUUACUGGUCACCACGCAGGGAAAAACUACCGCAACACCUGAAAUAAAAAUCAGAAGAGGAAUAUUUCAAGGUGAUAAGCUCAGUCCGCUAUGGUUCUGUCUGGCGCUGAAUUUCUUGAGUAAGCUUUUGAGAGAUGACAAAUAUGGCUACAUAAUUGAAAGACGAAGGAACACGAAGAUUAACCAUCAGCUUUACAUAGAUGAUCUGAAGCUUUAUGCAUCCAGUGAGGGGGAGAUGAAGAGAAUGCUCAAGAUUGUGGCAUCCUUCUCGGAGACGGUAAGGAUGGAAAUGGGGCUGAGUAAGUGUGCGGUGGUGCAUGUACAGAGAGGAAAACUGGUGGAGGGAGAUGAAAUGCAGGUGCAGGAUAGCAUAUCUAUCCGAAGAAUGGGGUUGGACGAAACAUACAAGUACCUGGGAGUUCAACAGGGGCUGGAAAUAAAUCUUGCCGAAUCUAAGGCAACCUUUAAAGAAAAGUUUUUUGGAAGGCUCAGAAAGGUCCUGGCAAGCAAACUGAACUCAAGAUCUAUGUUCACUGCCAUCAACACCUGGGCUGUUCCGUGCAUAGCCUACUCAUUUGGAGUUGUAAGAUGGUCGACCACAGAGCUCCAAUCAAUGGAUACACAAGGGAAGGAUGGAGGUAGAGGGUUACAGAGUCUGGAAAUCAUCCAUAAUAAUGUCGUGAAGGAUUUGAGGGGGUACUUUCAGACAAAAAACUCCUCAUUGUUCAAGGUUAUAUGUCAGGAGGAUGAGAACAUAACAGCGCUCAAUCUAUCAGACCGAAGAAAUCCCACCGAGUCACCGACCAUCGGAACGCUGACUGAACGGUGGCACGGAAUGACGCUACAUGGCAGGUACCCAGAAGCCCUGAAAAAUAAUAAUGUCAACAAGGAACAAUCACUUAAAUAUAUAACAGCGGGUUACUUAUAUCCUGAGACUGAAGGAAGACUGGUGGCAAUCCAAGACCAGGUGGUUCCGACUAGAGCAUAUAUUAAGAACAUAACAAAAAGAUACUUACCAUCAGAUAGAUGCCGAAAGUGCUCUCAGGCUCUUGAAACAAUACAGCAUGUCACGUCUUCUUGCUCCAUCUUGGCACCUAAAGAGUAUACAGACCGCCAUAACGCAAUGGCUAAGGUUUACCACCAAGCGAUAGCUAUAAGAACUGGAUUGAUACUCACCUCAAGGAAGCCGUACGAAUACGUGCCAAAAGCGGUCAUGGAAAAUGAGAAUUACAGGCUCUACUGGGACACCCUGAUGGAGACGGAUAGGCCGGUUGCACACAACAGACCGGAUAUUGUUAUCUUCGACAAAGUUAAAAAGGAGACAAAUAUUAUCGACGUCACUGUGCCUGCAGAUGAUAACAUUUCUAGAGCAUACACCGAAAAAAUUAUAAAAUACGAAGAUCUCGCUUUCGAGCUGAAAGAGAUUUAUAAUCUCAGAAAGGUGUAUAUUAUCCCGCUCAUAAUCACGACGAACGGCCUGGUGGAGACACAUCUAGGAGAGAACACAGCUCUAUUGGAAUUGGAUCAGGACAUCAUAAGCACGGCGCAGAAGGAGGUAGUCCUGUGGACGACAAGAAUAGUCCGAAAAUUUCUUGUCAAUGGCUGA